GCGAGAAGCCACAAACGAUGACGAGCAAAGCGGUUGUUCAGUAAAUACAUUUAUUUAUUUAUUUCAUUAUCAUUUCAACAUACACUAUAGCAGUCAACGGCGCUCGCUAGAGAAGCUUUCACACAAAAAUGUAUUACAUGUAAGCAAACACCGUUAAAACAGUGGCAGGGAAAGGGCUAGGGAAGAUUGUCAGGGAGGCUAUUUUUGAUUGUCAGAAGCGGCUACAAAGUUAAGUAGAACCUUGCAAGACUCUAGACUUCACAUGCUUGGCAGGCAGUGACUUAGUUGAUACAAAACAAGACAGUGUGUAAGUAAGCAGGAGAAGUUGAUUUGGAGAAGUUUCAAUCUAACAAGGAAACAUAAAGGACACUAACCAAUGUUGAAGCAUUGCUAUAAUGUUCACAGAUGCUAUGAAAUACCUAUGAAGAUAUGCAACAAUACAUGGAACUAACUUACACCAGUUGAAUAUUGUCUUGAAGGAUACAAACAAACCUUGUACAUGUAACAGACAUUGGCCAAUACUUGUGGUCAACGUAGAUUUUUUUACAAUGGAAGGUUCACGGAAGGGCGGCGAAAAUGGUCACCAGGACUUAUGUGGGGUGCUAUUAAUUACUGCUAAUUUAGGAUCGUUAUUUGAAGAUCUGGAUAAUAUGUUGCCUAUAUGGCUGAAAGCAUUUUUUGAGGUGCUACAAAGAUUGCAGCCUGGGUUUGUAGCAAUUCACUGCCAGGAAGUUGGCGGCAAAAACUUUGAAACGGGAAUGAAUCUAGUCGACAAUUUUGUUGAGAAACUUUUUGCGAGUGAGGAGAUGAGCUGUUACAGAAGAUCCCAUGUGGUGAUGGACAAGGAUUAUCAAGCCACAGAUGACUUCACAGCGUUAGGAAACAUUUACUUUGUUCAUGAUUCAAUAGCAUCACCCAAGUAUUACGAUUUCAAAAGUCGAGAUUUCAGGGAAUGUAGAGGUCACAUGAGAUUUAUGGAUAACUUAUCAAAAAGCACUUGCCACGAAAAGAUGAAAUUUCCCAAGGAUUUAUUUCCAGAGUCACGUUUUUCCCGGAAGGGUUUCCUAAGAACCAGAUGGUGCAUAAAUGGCAGUGUCUUUGACCUGAUUAAUCUUCAUUUGUUCCACGAUGCUAGUAAUGUUGUGGCUAUGCAAUCGUUUCCAUCCACAUACAGCAAUAAAAGGAAGAAGGCUCUUCAUGCUGUCUUAGAAAGGUUAGAGACUGAUGAACAUGAAACGGUGCCAUACUUUGUGUUUGGAGAUUUUAAUUUUAGGCUGGAUACGCAUGAUGUCGUCAAAGCACUUACAGCAUCUGCCUCCGGCGAGUACACAAAGGAAAACAACGAUAUAGUUAAGGUUGUCUUCACUGAGAAUGGGAAUUCGGGCAAGGUUGUUUUAACGCUUGAGAAGAAGAAAUUUGAGGCUACUGAAAUCUCCCCAAAUAAGGCAAAAUGGUUGUUACAGUUUGAUAAAGAGGCUGCUAGUUUCUCUGAUCAUUUCUUAGAGUUUGAUAAGGAUUUUGCACCAAGUUAUCCUUACAGUGAGGAUGUGAACGAGGGUGGUCAUUACAUGCAGACGCGUGUCCCAUCGUGGUGUGACAGGGUCUUUUUUUCUAAAUCUGCAAAUGGGUCCUUGAUAACGAAUCCAGACAAUAAAGGCGAGUACCAGGUGAUUGGAGCCGAUGUGUGCAUGGGAGAUCACAAGCCUGUAUAUCUUCACUUCUCUUUAGUGAAUGCAAAAGGACAAUUUAUGUCUCCGCUUCGACAUGCAAUGCUGACAUUAUUAUAUGUGUGCACGCAGGGCCCUAUAAUGGUUUGAUCGUUAGUGCUACUAUCAUCUACCCAUCUAACUUUAAUCUGAUUUAGAAAAUCAGGACAUCGUUUGGAGGAAAUUCAACAAUCUUUCACCAAUAUUUAAAGAAACAGCCGUUUAGAUGAGCUUGUAAACCUUUCAUCGAUUGUUGAAGAAGACUGCCGUUUAGAUGAACUUACCAUCCUAUCACCGAUUGCUGAAGAAAACCACCGUGUAGGAAUUUUAUUGGUGAUUAGUUCUAGAUAUUGCAAUUCAAUCUAGAGUUACAUGAAUAUGUGGACAGCAUUAUACUUUACAACAGUUCAGGUUUACUGACAUUUUAACAAAGUCUUUUUUAGGCCAGUGUUUUAAUAUUAUUAAUUUUCUUUUUGUUAAAUCAAACCUUUUGACAUUUCUUGCUGGAUUAUAUUUAGAAACUACUUAUGAGCUAUUACAUACACAUCUAUGUUUAUAUAUUUUAUAUAUGUAUAUUUUGUAUGUGUAUAUUAUAUAUAUGUAUAUUAUAUAUAUGUAAAUUAUAUUAGAUAUGUAUAUUAUAUAUAUAUAUAUAA